AUGAACCGACCCAGCGGCGUACAGGAACCGCUCUAUCUGAAUUUCACCCGAUCCGAGGAACCCAACGGCAUCGAUGGCAAGCCCAUGCUCAAUCGCUAUUCCACCCAUCUAACCCGGGAGCAUGACUUCCCUGGCGCCCAGGCGAUGCUAUAUGCUGCGGGAGUGCCCGACAAACUCACGAUGAAAACGGCGCCGCACGUCGGUGUGGCCAGCGUGUGGUGGGAAGGCAAUCCAUGCAAUAUGCACCUAUUGGAUCUGGGCAAGGAGGUCAAGAAGGCGCUGACUGCCCGCGGCAUGCUGGCAUGGCAGUACAACACGAUCGGAGUGAGCGAUGCCAUCACCAUGGGUAACCAGGGGAUGAGAUUCAGCCUGCAGACGCGCGAGAUCAUCGCCGACUCGGUGGAGACGGUGACAUGCGCGCAGGCCCACGACGCCAACAUCACCAUUCCCGGCUGUGACAAGAACAUGCCCGGCUGCAUCAUGGGCAUGGCGCGCCACAACCGCCCCAGCCUGAUGAUCUACGGCGGCACGAUCGACAAGGGAUACUCGGAAACGCUGCGUAAGCCGAUCAACGUCGCCACCUGCUACGAGGCGUUCGGAGCAUACACGUUCAAUACACUCCGGCAACCGGAUGACGGAGGCGACACGUCCAAGACGAAAGACGAUAUCAUGGACGACCUCGAACGGCACGCGUGUCCCGGCGCCGGCGCCUGUGGCGGCAUGUACACGGCCAACACGAUGGCGACGGCGAUCGAGUCCAUGGGCUUGUCGUUGCCCGGAUCCAGCUCGACGCCCGCCAGCUCACCGGCCAAAAUGCGCGAGUGUGCCAAAGCCGCGGACGCCAUCAAAGUCUGUCUGGAACGUGACAUCACGCCCAACAAGCUACUCACCAAGAAAUCGUUCGAGAACGCCCUGGUCAUCACCAUGGCGCUGGGAGGCAGCACCAACGCCGUGCUACAUUUCCUGGCCAUGGCCAUCACCGCCGGAGUGGACUUGACGCUGGAUGACUUCCAGCGCGUGAGCGACAAGAUCCCGUUCCUGGCAGACCUCGCCCCGUCAGGGAAAUACUACAUGGCGGACCUGUACGAGAUCGGCGGCGUGCCUAGCGUGCAGAAACUGCUCAUCGCCGCCGGUCUCCUAGACGGCUCGAUCCCCACAGUCACGGGCAAGACGCUGGCCGAGAACGUGGCCAGCUGGCCCUGCCUGCCCAGCGACCAAGUGAUCAUCAGGAGCCUGGACAACCCAAUCAAAUCGAGCGGACACAUCCAGAUCCUGCGGGGCAAUUUCGCCCCUUUGGGUGCUGUGGCCAAGAUCACCGGCAAGGAGGGCCUCAAGUUCACCGGCCGAGCCCGCUGUUUCGAUAAAGAAGCGCAGCUGAACGAGGCGCUCAACCGCGGCGAAAUCCCUCGCGGCCAAAACCUCGUGCUGAUCGUCAGAUACGAAGGGCCCAAGGGCGGCCCGGGCAUGCCGGAACAGCUCAAGGCCAGCGGUGCCAUUAUGGGCGCGGGCCUCACGAACGUCGCCCUGGUCACGGACGGUCGCUACUCCGGCGCCUCGCAUGGCUUUAUCGUCGGCCAUGUCUGUCCCGAGGCCGCGGUGGGCGGGCCCAUCGCCUUGGUCGCAGACGGCGAUGAGAUCACCAUCGAUGCCGAAUCGAAUUCCAUCUCCAUGGCCGUCAGUGAUCAGGAGCUCGAGAGGCGGAGGAGGGAUUGGAAGCCCCCGAAACCGGUCGUGACUCGAGGUGUUCUGGCGAAAUAUGCCGCUUUGGUCGGCGACGCCAGUCAUGGAGCUGUGACGGAUUUGUUAUGA